UCAUCCCGCUGUGCAGGCGCGAGUCGCGUGCGAGUGGAGGGAGGCGAUUGCAUCGUGACCACGUCUCCUCAUCCUCGAGGCAUGUGCCUCGCUCCUCGUGUCGCCGAACCGUGUGGCCGCGUCUCUUCAGGCAUUAACAAAGCAACAACAGCAGCAGCAGCAACAACAGCAGCAGCAGCAACAACAGCAGCAGCAGCAACAACAACAGCAGCAGCAAAGUAACGAAGCCCGGUUUAGUCGUAGGCAAAUCUGUCGUCAUUGAUGCCUUGGCAGAGAACGUGACAUUUUAAGCCCAGGCAGUGAGGAUGGACGUGGGUGACCUGUCAGCGCCCGAGGUGCUGGGCUCGCCGCUGGUGGUGCAGCUGGUGACGUGGGUUGCUCAGUUCGCCAUUGUGUUCGGCGGCAUCGUGCCAUACGUGCCGCAGUACCGCCAGAUCCGGCGCACGCAGAACUCGGAGGGCUUCUCCAGCCACGUGUGCCUCGUGCUGCUGCUCGCCAACAUCCUGCGCGUCCUCUUCUGGUUCGGCCGGCAGUUUGAGUCCGCGUUGCUGCUGCAGAGCUUCGUGAUGAUCGUGGCCAUGCUGCUCAUGCUGCAGCUGUGCACAGCCGUGCAGGGAUCCUUGGACCUCACCACCAAGCGCCACUACUUCUCAGACCUCGACCUGCGCUACUUCUGGCAGUGGAGCCGCUUCCUCGACUACCUCCAGUUCGUGGCGGCGUUCUCGCUGCUGGCAGCGGGCGCCACCUUCGCGCUGCUCGACCUGGCUGCGUACGUUGAGGCCCUGGGCUUCCUGGCGACGUUCUCCGAGGCCAUGCUCGGCACGCCGCAGCUCUACCGCAACUACCGCAAUCGCUCUACCGAGGGCAUGAGCGUGGUGAUGGUGCUGAUGUGGACGAGCGGCGACACGUUCAAGACGGUGUACUUCCUGGCGCGCGAAGCGCCGCCACAGUUCUGGGUGUGCGGCCUGAUGCAGGUGUUCGUGGACAUGGCGAUCUUGGGACAGGUGUUUCACUACGGCCGGAUCCCGCGCCACACCUCCGCCCACGCUGCCUCAGCCGGAACCGGGAAGGCCUUGUGGAGAUAGGGACAGUGUUGACGCUCUAAAGGUGUGUGUGGCUAAAGCACCUGCACUUGAAUACUACCCAAGGUGUGCGUACGAUCAACAAGAUGAUUGACUUGGGCCUGAUCUCUCGUGGACGUCGUGAUCAGUGACGCCUCUUCGUGUCAUCGCCAGGAAAACGAUGUCCCACCUUAACGUUGACCUUGGGACUGCGUUGCAGCCGGAGCGCGCUUACAUGCCAUAUAUUUUGAACACGUUUAAUUUUGUUUUACCGUGGAAAGCUGCUGCUGCUUUUGUACGUCGGUUCACGUUUAACGGAUACAAAUCCUCGUGCUUUUGCACCGCCAUUCUUGUUUGUGUAUGUACAUAGCGUUACUUAUAAAUGAAGAACUAUUUCAAGAACUGAUUUGUGUGUUUACUUUGGUAAGAAGAUAUAUUUGUAAAUCGGUGUUUGGCAUAAUAAUGGUACUCCAUCCGAUGGGUUGGUGGGGAAUUUGAUAAUUGUGUGGUUAUAUUAAAUAGUGUGCACUGCUUGUGGCAAAUGUGUGUCUGCUAUGUGGCUGGUGGUUCAAUGAUCAUUUAACUCGAUUUCAAGUGUUGUUACUGCAGAGACUGGGUGGUCUACGUGUGCAUUAUGGACCCAAAAUGUGUUACUUUUCUAUUUAAUACAUCCCCGUCUUAUCGUUUGGCCUGUCUUCUGAGAAAAUGUGUAUCGUGUUUUAUUAUUUAUACCAGAGAUUUGAGCUGUGCGGGAAAACGAGAAACAAAACAUGAAAUAAAGACAAACAAAAUAAACGUUCUAUUUACUUG